CCAUAUUCAUCGCCGCUACAGACGACGGUUUAAAAGACGAUCUCACUAUAUACUAAGUGUAUUAUUUGAUCAAAGCAUAUUCCUUGCGGCGCAAUUCUACAUAUUCAUAUUCACACGUAUAUGUAUGAUACUUAUCACCUCUGGGAAUGCGAAAUAUCAUUACAAGUUUUGUGUUUUAUAUCUAUAUAGAUUCAACUUCAACCUCAACUUCAACCUCAACUUCAACCUCAACUUCAACCUCAACUUCAACCUCAACUUCAACACUACAAAUCCGUACAUCUCCACUGGAUCGUUGGGACGUCGUAUACGUCACUACGUCAAAUGCGCUCAAUCUAUAUAGAUAUAUUGAGGUUCCAAGCCUUCGCGUUUGCAAGCCCAGAGUCCGUCAUUGACCACGUCCAUGGCAAUGUGGUCAAGUCUGGUGCUCCUCCUUCAUGAACUGGCUCGCAAGGGCAGCAGAACAUCGAAUUUCACCAUAUAUACAGAUCAACCUUGCAUUUUCCCUAUUCCUUUGUGGUGGCGUGGGGAAGUUUAUCUGAAAUACAUCGCAUACGACCUUUUUGUCAGCUACGGCAUUGCAGGAGGACACAAAGAUAACCAUCUCAUGGGGAAAGGUUUCGGCUGUGGAAACUCAUUUAAAAACCACCUUGGCCAAUAUGAGUCUAUGUUUCCGUCUCUUUGUUGCGAAUCUACAGCUAUUGUGUCUUAGAUCUAGCAAUAUGUACCAAGGUGUUCCAUAUUUGAAGAUUCUGAUCACUUUCUCCUUUUCAAUGAACUGGGAUUUCUCGUUUGAUCUGGCGAAACAAAUACGCUUUCAUGUUUAUGCUUAUCUUGGAAAAUCUGAUACAGGACCACGUUAUCAAAAGGUCUGGCUAGCUGUCGUCAUACUUCCUUUGGGGGAAUGCAUUCCCCCGCCCAUCUUCUUGGUGACUAGACAGGGGUGAAUACGUUUUGGAUGCUUUGUUGGAGCACGGCUUACUACAAAUGCUAGCUGCGGUGGAGAUAUGGAUUGAAUGAUAGGUUUGCAAUCAAGAACAGUGGGAAGCACCGGAGGAGUUGCGCUUUUAGAUAGAGCAUACAGUGACCAGUCAAGUGAAAUACAUAUUCCAACAGAAUAGCUUUCCAUCUCAUCUCUUAUAAGAUUUAUCAUGACAAACAAAAAGGUGUUAGUGGACAAUUGAUUGCAGUCUUGGCACUGUCGCACCGGCAAAGGCCUAUAAAAUCCCACCCAGUCUGCAGCCAGCAAAUCAUUCACACACGUCACCCUACCACACAUUCAGCGUGUGCGCUCAACCAAACAAAACUCGACAGCCUAGCUGUGAUUUAAACCCGUGGCUGUCAUCCCCAGCCCAACACUGUCCCAACUGCACCACU